GCUUCAUAGAAGUACCCUAACAAUAGCAGGCAAAGUAAGGUGUUCAAGUAUGUCUGAUUUCAGCAGCUUAAAGAGAAACAGAACAAGAAUGGAGAAGAGAGGGAAGCGAGGCUGCCAGGAUUUCUGGAAUGCUUCUACAAUGGUGCUGCGCUCAGGCUUCAGGAAGAUGUAUGAAGCACCUCCCCGUAGAAAGAGGUCUGCUAAGAGGUCUGCUAAGAGGUCUGAUGAGAGGUCUGAUGAGAUGCAAUUGAUGCUGAAAAGUGCGCAGCCAAAUUCUGGAAAGCCAGUUGCAUUUAAUCUGCGAAGAACACAGAAAUGCUAUAUUCUGACGGAAGAUUCAAAAACAGUGCAUUUUGACAUAGAUGAAUAUGGUCAUCAUGAAAUAUCAACCAAGGAUUCACAAUCCUGUGAAGACAUUGCGUGGUUGGGUGUCUUCACAAAGGAUGAAUCAGCAGCUACUGAUUCUAAAAAUUUGGUCAGCCUCACACAGAGAUCAAAGCUUAAUGAAUUUGUCCUACUGUGCAAGGGUAAGAAGCAUCUCGCUCUGAAGGUGUUAAAAGCAUCCUGCACAGAGCCAGAUUCAGUGCAAAGACGCUGCGUGGAAACAUGUAAGCAUGAUGAUCCUGACUUCGAACAGCUGAGAGAAAAGAAUAACUUUUUCAUCAUGCAUUACCAAGGAGAUUCAGUGCAGUUCCAGUGCUAUGAAGAUACAAGUUACUACCUGUAUGCGAAUGAUGACUCACUUGAUAUUCGCAAACUGGAUAACAAAGAACCCAACGAAGACAAAAAUUUUUACUUCAGGGUGUCAUACUUGGAAGAGUAGUAACUUGUUUGCCUUUCAGUGGUCUCAAUGUCCAUACAAUUCCUGUAAUAAGCUGGCAGAAGAGAUGGAAAGUUGAGAUCCACAUAUUUCCAGAUUUUUUUUUUUAAAUUUCUUGACUUACCAUUUUGCAUGAGUAACAUUUAUUUCUGGGCAUAGAAAUAGGAAAAUAGGAAAAUAGAAAGGCUAAGUUUAAACAAGUUAUUAACUGAUCAGUCUCAGUGUCUUAUAUGUGCAGUUAUGGAUUUAAGGUACUGAUUUCUUCUGGAAAGGAAAAAUACUCUGGAAUGGAGAAAAGGGGAUAUUUUGAAGACAGGGGAUAAAGAAGGAAGCAUGGAUAUGAAAUGCAAAGCACAGUUAGUUCUCCAUGAGUUAAUAAUUUCACUCUUUAAAAAAAAUUCUCUUACAAGCUCUCCAAAACUUGAGAAGCAAAUAAUUAGAAGGUAUGACAGGCAUAUGUGCAUUUCCUGAAUGACUGACUUUGGGAAAGGAGGGGAGAAGAUUCUUCUCUCUGCUUCUGUAGCUACAAGUCAGCCCAUACACUCCGAUUUCAGCUUCUGUCCCUCAUGGCAGAUCUCUAAGAAGGAGUACACAGAGCACCAGACCUGCAACAUGCACUCAGAGGGAGUCAGGCACAUUGAACUGAUGGGGAAUAGCGGCAGGCAUUUGCUCUGACAUGGUGGCUUCCACCUCUGAAUCCUAGAUGGAAAUACAAUUGUAUGCUCAGCUGCAAAGCAGAGUGCAGAACAACAUUUGAAAAAUAACUAGAUGUUCAAAAUGACUGAAUAAAAGAAACAGUAGGUGCUUAUGUGGGGUACACUGGAGGAGCGGUAAGCAUACCUACCUUUUGGCAACAGGGUCUGGCAGCGUGAAAUGGAAGCUGCUGACACUUUAAUGUCUGUAGACGUAGACCAUACCCUGCAAGGCACAAAACUUUUGAAAUACAAGAGUAAACAACCCAAAAGUGUACAUAAGAUCACUAGAUGUUGAAGAUCUGGCUCUCCACUGCUGUGCAUGGAGUCUCACUGUGACUUAGUGUCAAUUUUCUUUGAUGCAAGUUGUUUGGGAAUGUAUGUGUAUAGAUGAUAGACAUCAUGCACCUAUGCCAAGAGGUUGUCACUUACUUGCACUGAAACAACCUACAAGCUACACAGCACCUGAACUGCAUGCAUGAAAUAGAAAUCCUAACAUCAGUCAUUUUCAGAAAUGCACAUUACAGUAAGGCUAUUGUCUAUAGCAAACCAGGCUCCAGAGGUUUGUGAGACCUUAAAAUACUUAUUUUUUUUUUCCCCCUCCCUACUAGUAGCAUGGAGUUUCACUACUGGGUUUCUUGUAUUCUUCAGAUAGUAAAAAUCAUUCUUACACCUCCAAUGCAGACUGAACAGAAGAAUGCUUUUGAGUUUUCCCUAAAUAAUACUUAUACCUUCUAGAUCUAUUAAGAGUUCUGUGAAAUUAGUGGGAAGAAAAAACCCCAGUCUUUAGAUACUGACUUCAGCAUAUAUUAUACUACAAUUAAAAUAUUUUAGCACGCUCUAUUAUGUUUUACAAGAAAUAAGCUAAAUUGCAUAUCAAGUACAAUAAUUUAACUCACUGCGACACUACUAAUGAAUAGCCAUAUAUUUAUUAUUGGUAAUGUGAUCACCUUAAUAAAUAACACAAUAUGCUUUCUAGAUGGUAAGUUGGAUAAAUGAUAACUCAUAAAAAAGCUUAUGCAAAGCAGCAUUUCUGAGGUCAGAAAAAAAAAUAGUGUUGGCCUAAGUGAAUUUGGAAUCUAUUUUACAGUUAAAACUUAAGUUAUGGAUAUGUGCAGAAUGUUGUACUUCUACCAUCUACCUUAAAAA